AUGGCCCGAGGGACAGGCUACUUCGUCGUCUCCAUCCUCUACCUCAAAUAUGAGCCCGGAGCAGUCGAGCUGUCCCGGCGCCACCCCAUGGCAUCCUGGCUGUGUGCCAUGCUGCACUGCUUUGGGAGCUACAUCCUAGCGGACCUGCUGCUAGGAGAGCCCCUGAUUGACUUCUUCGGCAACAAUUCCAGCAUCCUGCUGGCAUCAGCUGUCUGGUACUUGAUUUUCUUCUGUCCCCUGGACCUUUUCUACAAGUGCAUCUGCUUCCUGCCUGUGAAACUCAUCUUUGUGGCCAUGAAGGAGGUGGUGAGGGUCCGCAAGAUUGCAGUGGGCAUCCAUCAUGCACAUCACCACUACCACCAUGGGUGGUUCGUCAUGAUUGCCACUGGGUGGGUCAAAGGCUCUGGCGUUGCCCUCAUGUCCAACUUUGAGCAGCUGCUCCGAGGAGUCUGGAAGCCAGAGACCAAUGAGAUCCUGCACAUGUCCUUCCCCACCAAGGCCAGCCUGUAUGGAGCCAUUCUCUUCACCCUCCAGCAGACCCGCUGGCUCCCAGUGUCCAAAGCCAGCCUCAUCUUCAUCUUCACCAUGUUUAUGGUAUCCUGUAAGGUGUUCCUGACAGCCACUCACUCCCAUAGCUCCCCAUUUGAUGUCCUGGAGGGGUACAUCUGCCCUGUGCUGUUUGGGACGGCCUGGGGAAGUAACCAUCACCAUAACAACCACGGCGGGUCCCACGGUGGCAGUGGGCCAGGCACCCAGCACUCAGCCCUGCCCACCAAGUCCAAGGAGGAGCUGAGUGAGGGCUCCAGGAAGAAGAAGACCAAGAAGGCAGAUUAGGGGGGUGGCCCAGGGGCCCUGAGGGGCACUGGGGAGAGGAUCCAGACCCAAGACCCUCAGAGCUGGGGGGUGUCCUGGGAUCAGAUCUCCCCUCUCUGGGCCUUGACUUCCCCAUCAGCAAAUUGGGGCCAUCAGCCCAACCUCCAGGGCUGAUGUGGGGGUUCAAUGAGAUAUGCGGGUAAAGGACUUUGGGAGGAAUGGAGAGUCCCCCCCUCUCUGCCAGGCCCUUGUAGAAUCACAGCUUUUGGGAGGGGGUAACACACAGAAUCCUAGCAACGGCUUCAGCCAGAAAAUCCUGGCAGCUAUAUUCUUGGUUCUAUUUUUUUCUUCUUUAAAAUUGUGUCUUGACUCCAAAAGAAUUUCAAGCCAUGUUGAGACUCAUUCAUUUGAUGGACAUUUCCUAAGUACCUACUGAGAGACUUAUGCUGUGAUUUUGAAGUCUCCUCUUGCCCAGGCACCUCAGUGGCUAGAACUUCUCCCAUGCCCAGAAAGUUCUGCCUCCUGCUGGGCAUCCCUGGGAAAGUGGCCUCCCUUCUCUGAGCCUCACGUUCCCCAUCUGUAUAGUAGAGACCCUUUGUCCUCCUCCAUAUGGAAGGGCUGUUGCAAGGCUACACAUGAAAAAACCCUUAUGCGCUCAGAAGCACCACACAGGAAGGGAGAACAGGGUCUUGUAAAUUAUGACUGAAAAUGGCUUUGCAUUUUAGAUGAUUUGUGUUUGUGGAUCAGAGAACCUCACAAGUUAUGCCACACAAAGGAGGCCCUCAGUAGACAUGUCUAGGGCUGGCCUGAAAAUUCAGAGGGUGCAAAAGGCUUGUUCUGAUUCUUGGCUUCAGGCUUCCCCUAAACCAAGGAAAUGCAGCCAGCUGGGUGGGGGUUCCAAGAUCCACCUCUGUCUGGGGGCUCCAAGUACUCAUAGUUAGGCUCAGAAAGCAUGAGGCCUCCUUCAUGCUGGAGUCCUUCAUUGCCAUUCAUUCAGUCAUUCAACAAACAUACUGAUGCCUGCUCUUUGCCAUGCUUUGUGCUGCAACUGGGCAGGCCAGGGACUUGCUUCAGGGUGAGUAAAGGGGAUGAUAGUGGAAGGGUCCCUCCCGGCCACCUCGUCUCAGCCUAGGUCAGCAGGACAUCUAAGAGGGUGGGUGGGGUGGGCAUGCCCAGUCUCAGGUGAGGUUUGGGUCCCAGGUGUUGUGCAGCUGUUGGGAAAGUGCCUUGUUCCAGGGAUGCCUGGGUUGGGGUUGGGUGGAUUCUGGGGCAGUAAGCCCCAAUUUCAUCCUCUUGCAUGUCUAUCAAAGCUUGGCAGGAGGAGUCAGCCAAUAAAUCGGUUGUGAAUGAACCCUCA